AUGUUCGGGCAAGAGGCCAAGCUGGCGGCCCUCAUUAACCGGGACCCGCCUCAGCUCCUAUACAAGCGCCUACCUGUCAUCGGAAUACCAUCCACCGCCGUCCCGAACGAGCAAGCCCUCGUGGCGGAGCUCCAAGCCAAGUUAGGUCCAGGGGCGGACCCUGAACGUCUUCUGUUCCAGAUCCGCAGCUCCAGAGGAAAAACACACUGGGCAGUCAACAGCUAUCUCCGGGACGUGAUGACGUCAUCAGCUCCAGGGCAGGAGGACUUCCGACCUUCGCGCCCAGGCAGGACCGCUGCAGCGGCCGCCGCCGCGGCAGCCGCACUGCCGCCCCAGCUGCAGCCGCAGCCGACGGCCGACGGCCCUGGGCAAGGCAGCACCGGCGCCGGCAACGUCAGCGGCGCACCUCCGCAAUCUGCAGCUAUCGGUACCGCCACGGCCGGUACAUGCGGUGUUGCACGCACUCAGCCGGUCUGCUGUACAGGCUGCUACUGUGAGCCGCCGCAAAGACCGCCACCGCUGCUAGGGCCCAUCCCGCCGGAAUCCGAAUCCGGAUCCAGAUCCGUUGCAGUACAGUGCUCGGAGGAGCAACAGCAGCAGCAGCCGUGGAUGGCGGCACCAACGGUAAACCCGCAGGCUCAGCCAGUACGGCAGUCCGUAUUUGGAUCUGGACCAAUCGGACGAACGUCAUCAGCUGACGUGGACGUCGACGGCGGCGGAGGCAGCAGCAGCGGUAGCGGCGGCAGCACCGGCAUGUCGUGUUAUGGUGGUCUUAGCUUGGACUGCCUGCCUGUGUCGCUGCUUGAGGCUGUAUUCCGGCACCUGGACUACCGGUCGUUGAGUGCAGCGGCUAUGACCAGCCGAUCCAUGUCCCUG